GCAGAAGCAGAAGCCCCAAAACAGCCAAGUCUGAAUUUGGGGAUGGAAUAUCAACAAAGUUAAACACCCACCAAUGCUUUGGUGCUUGAAGAUAAUCUUUCAUGUACUUCAUGAUUGACUGAAUCAUCAGCUACUCUCAUCCAAAACAAAAAAGAAAAAGAAAAGACAAUUGCAUAAUGGGGUUGUAAAAUUUCAUGGAUAUUUUUGUUCAUUCACCAGCCUAUCAAUAUGAGAAUGGCUGCUGUCUCCACUUCAAGGACCUUUCUUUACUCCCAUCAUUACCAUAGCCUCCCAUUCAUUGUUCCUUCUUUCUUGACUGCUUCCAGGGCACCCAGAUUUCACCGUAAUAACAUGAGAAACCCCAUCCUCUUAUCGGCUGUGAGGUGUUUGCAGUCCUCUUCCCGGCGUCAAAAUGUGGUUGACAUUUUGGAAGAGAGAGGGUUGCUUGAGUCCUUGACCAGUGAGCAGCUGAGGCAUGCCUGUUCCGACCCUAGUCUCCCUCCUCUCAAGGUCUACUGCGGGUUUGACCCAACUGCUGAGUCAUUGCACUUGGGAAACCUUCUUGGCCUUAUUGUCCUCUCAUGGUUCCAAAGAUGUGGCCAUAAAACGGUAGCUUUGAUUGGCGGGGCCACUGCUCGUGUCGGGGAUCCUUCAGGCAAGAGCUUGGAGAGGCCAGAGCUUGAUGUGGAGACUCUGUCGCAGAAUACCUCUGGUAUUAGGAAUACCGUUGGGAAAAUUUUGGGGUCCAGUGAGGUUUCCAUCUUGAACAAUUAUGAUUGGUGGAAAGAGGUGACAUUGCUGGAUUUUCUGAAAGAUGUGGGUCGGUUUGCGAGGGUGGGGAGCAUGAUGGCAAAGGAGAGUGUGAAGAAGAGGUUAGAGUCAGAACAAGGAAUGAGCUACACAGAGUUCACUUACCAGUUGUUGCAGGGCUAUGAUUUCCUCUACCUCUUCCGGAGUGAAGGUAUCAAUGUUCAGAUUGGAGGUAGCGAUCAGUGGGGAAAUAUAACUGCGGGGACCGAACUCAUACGGAAGAUUCUUCGAGCUGAUGAUGUUGCCUACGGUUUGACAUUUCGUCUUCUCUUGAAGAGUGAUGGUACCAAAUUCGGCAAGUCUGAAGAUGGUGCCAUAUGGCUUUCCCCAUCCAUGUUGUCACCCUACAAGUUCUAUCAGUAUUUUUUUUCUGUUUCGGAUGCUGAUGUCGUCAGAUUCCUCAAGAUAUUAACUUUCCUGGACAUGAACGACAUUAAACAGAUAGAGAGUGACAUGAAGAGACCUGGAUACCAGGCCAACAUGGCACAGCGGAGGCUUGCUGAAGAGGUUACUCUUUUUGUCCAUGGCCAAGAUGGUCUAGAUGAGGCUCUCAAGGCAACUGAAGCAAUGAGGCCAGGAGCUGACACUAAAUUAGACUGGAACACCAUGCAAGCCAUUUCUGAGGAUGUCCCUUCCUGCUCUUUUCCUUAUCAUCAGGUCCUAGAUCUUUCCAUUGUUGAUCUUUCAGUGUCAUCCGGUUUGUUUGACAGCAAAUCCGCUGCCCGACGACUAUUGAAGCAAGGGGGCCUUUACCUGAACAACUCAAGAGUUGAUAGUGAAAGUAAAAGAAUUGAACCUCAAGAUAUUGUGGAUGGAAAGCUUCUCCUUUUGUCUGCAGGCAAGAAAAACAAGGUUCUUGUACGGAUAUCAAGUAGCAGCUGAGGUCCCUGCCUGAUGGUGUGCAUUGAUUUUUUGUAGACAUUUUAAAUUUUCAUUAUGGUAAUUCAAUUUUAGCACAUAUGCAGACCAACUAAAGCUGGAGAUAUUACGGUGAAUAUGUUAGAAACCAGUUUCAAAU